UUCCCUUUUGUUUGGGUUAUUACUCCACUUAGUCUCCCCACACAAUUCCAAACAUCAGCCAAAUAUAACUCUCUUUCUCUGUCCCCCACACCCCUCCCUCAUAUGUCCUAUCUCAUUCUGAAGAAACACAAUUACAAGUUAGAACCCCCCAUGUCAAAGCUAUAGUCUUUUGGAGCCAAAGCUUUAUUCAUCAUCUUCCCCUCUAAUCAACCAAGGGAGAAGUUCCUCUUAUUCAACUUUUAUUAGCAGCAAAAGCUCUCUUCUUUAUUCUUUUUUUGUUUCUAAUAAGGAGUUGAGACAAUUUUGUUGUUGUUGACUUGUUGUUGGUGUUGCCAUGAGGGAGUUUCCUUCUUGUUUUGGAGAAAAUGGUGUUCAGGUUGCUGACUCAUCCUCAUCAAGCACCACAAGAGCAGCACAAAAUGUGGUCACGUGUGUCUAUCAGUGCAAAUUAAGAGGCCAUUCAAGCUUGAUUACAGUCUCGUGGACAAAAACUCUGAUUGGUCAAGGCUUGAGUGUGGAAAUUGAUGACUUGGGAAAGCAUUGCCUCUGCAAGGUUGAGAUAAAGCCAUGGCUCUUCUCAAAGAGAAAAGGGUCAAAGAAUUUGGAGGUCCAAUCUGGUAAAGUUGACAUCUUUUGGGAUUUGAGUAGUGCCAAGUUUGGUUCAGGGCCUGAGCCAAUGGAGGGGUUCUACUUAGCGGUUGUGUUCAACAAGGAGAUGGUGUUGCUCCUAGGGGAUCUAAAAAAAGAGGCAUGCAAGAAGAUUGAGAGUGAUUGUGCUUGCUUUUCUCACUCUGGUGCUAUUUUCAUUGCAAAGAGAGAGCACAUUUUUGGGAAGAAGUUUUAUGGUGCAAAGGCUCAGUUUUGUGACAAGGGGCAGGUGCAUGAUGUCACAAUUGAGUGUGACACGUUAGGACUCAACGAUCCUUCUCUUGUGAUUCGAAUUGAUAGCAAGACAGUGAUGAAGGUGAAGCGUCUCAAGUGGAAGUUCAGAGGGAAUCACACCAUUUUGGUGGAUGGUGUUCCUGUUGAAGUGUUUUGGGAUGUGCAUAGUUGGCUCUUUGGGAAUGCUAUGGGCAAUAAUGCAGUGUUCAUGUUCCAAACAUGCAUUUCAAAUGACAAAAUGUGGGAAGGGCAAUCUGUUUCUGAUCCCUCAUGGGCUUCUUCUCAGCAGUUUAGGGAUUCCCAAUUGCAAGGCUUUGGGUUCUCUCUCAUUUUGUAUGCUUGGAAACAUGAGUAGUCAAUAGAGCUGUUAAGUCUUAUUCCUCAAUGUUAUUACAUUUAUAUUGACAGCCACAUUUUUCAACAAUGGAACUGAUAAACUUGCCCCUAUUUUUUCAUCUUGAUCUUACAGACACGCUUUAUUUGCUUUUA